CCCGAAGCGUGUGAACAUAGGUCCUUUCUAAUGGUAAAUAACGACUGCAAUGUCAAUCAGCGCCAUUGGCUGAAACUUCGACGUAUGCCAUUGAAAAACCUGUGCAUCCUUCGUGUAUAUAGACCCCGGGCUUGUCUCUUCGUGAUAUGUCGUGUCCAUCUCAGGUAUUAUCUGAUAGCCAAGUCAUUCGUUCCAUAUUUUUUUGCUAAGAAAUCAUCCUCAAGAUGUUUUCCUCACUUACUACCCGCCAGAUGGCAAUUCUCCUCGCCUUCGUCGGCAUGCAAUCCGCCUCCUUGGUUCACGGCCUUCCUGCAUCGGAUGCUGACGAACUCAUGUCCGACUUAAAAAGAACGGCACCAGAUCAUUUCGAUCUAGAGGACAGACAAGACAUUCCUGAUGUCCUGGCCAAGUUUCCUUCCGGUCCACUUAACCAAUUCCUCAGGAUCAUCAGCACUCUACCAGCGGACGCAGCAGCGCUCGACGCAGUCGGAUUGAUCUUAACUCCUCUUCAACAGGGUCUCGCUGAUUCCGUUGGCAUCGACACUACGGAGGACGACCUGGAGCAGAAUGCUGCGUGCGCCGACAUCACCGUCAUAUUCGCUCGUGGCACCACUGAGCCCGGCAAUGUCGGACUUGUGACCGGCCCGCCAUUUUUUGACGCUCUUAACCAACAGCGAGGGACCAAGUCUGUUUCGAUUCAGGGUGUCGAGUACCCCGCGACAUUUGCUGGGUUCAACAAGAAUGGCACUGAGGGUGUUCCAAGCAUGACAAACUUCAUCAAUGAAGCUGCCACAAACUGUCCGAGCACCAAAAUCGUAAUGUCUGGUUACUCUCAGGGUGCCUUGGUUGUCCGGAUGUGUACUGCCCACAGGAGUACCGCAAACUCUCUCCCGGCGGCAACCAUGGCCAAGAUCAACUCUGUCUUAACCUUUGGGGAUCCCGGAAACCCGGGCGCUAUUACUGGCGCUGAGGGCAAGACCAAGAUCAUCUGCCACGAUAACGAUGCUGUUUAUGGCGGUGGUUUUAUCACUGUCGACCAUUUGACGUAUGCUGAGGAUGCGGAUGCUGCUGCUCAGUUUGUCUUACAAAUGGCCAACGCCUAACUUGCAUUAAUGUCAUGAUGGCUGUCUAAUGGAACGCGCACGUUACUUGUACUGAUCAACAAUUGAACUCAAGUAGUUGAUUAUCCUACAGUGUCUCGAGUGAUAUAAGGUACCUACUGUUAGACAAAUGACACGACCAUGGUAAUAACUACAUGUCCACUAAGUGCUAG